AUGGCCGGGGACACCGGGAUGGCCGGGAAGGUGGCGCUGCUCCUGUGGGUGUCCCCACAGGGACAGUUUGAGGACAGCCCCCACACCCUGUCCCCCGGGUGCCGCUGUCCCCACAGUGCCACCCCCAGCCAGCCCUGUCCCUUCUCCCUUCCAGCCCAGACCCUCGGCCUCGCUGGCUCCCAGAGCACCCAGAUCCUCGUGGAGCCCCCCUGGACACCGGCGGUGCGGUGGGACCGGGUGACACUGACCUGCCAGGGGUCGGGGACUUCUGGUGACACCAUCUGGCGCAAGGAUGGGAAGUACUGGUACAUGAAGGGACGUGACCGCAUCACUGUCACCCAGACUGGCACCUACCGGUGUCACAGACCCGGCUCUGGGCUCAGCGCCCCCGUGAGCGUCUCAGACGACUGGCUGGUGCUGCAGGUGCCAGCGCGGGACCUGCUGGAAGGGGACACGGUGACACUGCGCUGUCGGGGCUGGAACAACAAAUCGGUCAGCAUGGUGCGAUUUUACCGGGAGAAGGAUGAACUAUCGGGGGUCAUCAAGGGGACAGAGCUGUCCCCGCCUGCCCUGCAGCUGCACCACAGCGGCCGCUACAGCUGCGGGGGCUGGGUGAGCUACGCGCUGCGGGAGUGGUCGAAGAAGUCAGCACCGGUGACAGUGACAGUGAAGGAGCUGUUCCCGGUGCCGGUGCUGGAGGCUCCCCCCGAGCUCACCGAGGGGUCCCCCCUGAAUCUCAGCUGCCUCAGCACCCCCAGCCCCCUGCGGCCCCGAGCCCCCCUCCUGCACCUCUUCUACCGGGACGGGCGGGUGCUGGGGGAACCGCAGGGGUCCCCGUGGCUCCUGGUGCCCGCCGCGGGGGUCUCGCACUCGGGGGAUUACAGCUGCGAGGUGCGCUCC